AUGGCCUGCUGUACCAACAGAAAUGUGAUGCCCAAGACUUUGGAUGGACAGUUAACCAUGGAGAAGACGCCAAGUUACUUUGUGACAAAUGAGGCUCCCAAGCGCAUCCACUCCAUGGCCAAGGACAUCAAACUCAUCGUGGUGGUGAGGAACCCCGUGACCAGGGCCAUCUCCGACUACACCCAGACACUGUCAAAGAAACCCGAAAUCCCCACCUUCGAGGUGCUGGCCUUCAAAAAUAGGACCCUAGGGCUGAUCGACGCCUCCUGGAGCGCCAUUCGAAUAGGAAUCUAUGCUCUGCAUCUGGAAAACUGGCUCCAGUAUUUCCCCCUCUCUCAGAUCCUCUUCGUCAGCGGUGAGCGACUCAUAGUGGACCCCGCCGGGGAAAUGGCCAAAGUACAGGAUUUUCUAGGCCUCAAGCGUGUAGUGACUGAGAAACAUUUCUAUUUCAACAAAACCAAGGGGUUCCCUUGCUUAAAGAAGCCAGAAGACAGCAGUGCCCCCCGGUGCUUAGGCAAGAGCAAGGGUCGGACUCAUCCUCGCAUUGACCCGGAUGUGAUCCACAGACUGCGGAAGUUCUACAAACCCUUCAACAUGAUGUUUUACCAAAUGACUGGUCAAGAUUUCCGGUGGGAACAGGAAGAGGGUGACAAAUGAGGCUCGCGAUGUGCCGGGAAGCCUGGCGAGUUUCUAGGGAGGCUCCUGACCCGAGUCCUGAAUCCCCCAGAUCUGUAGCCUCAGCCUUGCUGGGGUGCCAAGUAGAUCUCCUUCUUUGUCCAGUCAGGAUUGCUUCCAAUGCUGUUGGCAGAGGGGUGGAUCCCCUGGCAUGCUCAUAGGGUACCAGGCCUGCUUGGGUAGCAGCAUCUGGUUGACCAGCUGGCCACCAGAAUCCGCUGCUAAUUCUUGUCUUCUGUGGGUUAAUCCAGUCUGAAGACAGGAUAGAUAGCUGUCAAGGUCAGAGAUAGUGCCAUGAAUGUUUGUUUAAAUAAGAAAGAAGGGAAGGUCUACUUUGGGCAGGGACCUCUCACUUUAACUUGAGAAGCCCAAGUUCUAGCCCCAUAUCUGGCACAGGUCCCCUGCUCUAUCAACCUCUGCUUUGGCAUUUCGCCAGAAUACUAAUUGUGGCUGAUUGCUCCAGGACUCCUAGGGAGCAAGAUCCUCCCUCUUAAGGUGUCUCAAGCCUUCUCCUUAAAGGUCUCAUCCCACAACCCUUUGACUUCCUCACUCCUCAUCUGAUGAAGGCAGAGGCAUGCACAUUCCUCACCAAAAACAAAAAGCUGACGUCCCUGGAAGCCUUCCUUCCAAGAGCCUUCGAAGGGCAGUUGGGUCCCUCUCUUCAUGAGUAUCCUGGGUGGUAGAGAAGCUUAGUCUGGGCCCUCCUUAGAAUCAGACUCACAGGACUGCUCUUAGAGCAAGGGAAUUGCAGCUGAGCCCAAAGCUCUGAGGUUGGAAAAGAUGAAUGCCAUCUCUGGGAGUGAAAAAAGAAAACCAGUCUUCUUGGUGGGAGGUCUCCAUCUCUGAGACCGUCAGCAGCAUGGAUCUGAGACAAGCUUUUGGAGGGGCUCUCUCCUUUAGGGUCCCCCGAGGAGCAGGGACCAGAGAGCUGGCAUGUCUUUUGUCAUGAAUAACCUUUAGCAACCCAACCCACAGGGGAUUGAUCACCAUCUCUCUCUUUGUCCCACCAUCUCCCCUUCGUGGUCAUCUCACGCUUCAUUUGCUCGAUUCAGAGAUGGCACGUAUUGGGGCAGCAACAAGCAGGCUGACUCCUUUUGUCAGAGUGUCAGGGGGUGGGGGAGGGUAAGGGCUGUCUGAGGACACCCCCAUCAAGGGCUGCUGCAUCAAAUGUCCCUUCCCAUUAGUUUGAUUCCAUUAAAAUGCAGCAUUUGACAUGAAGCACUCUUCACAGAUCUCCAGAACCAGGAACUGUUCUAUCAAAAUUGGAAAUAUGUAUGAGUGGGGGGAGGGAGUGAAAUCUGUUCAACUGUUAUUAAACUGUCAUUUCUCUCGCUAACUGAAAACUGUGUUGUUAUAAAGCUUAAUGCAAUCUGAUUGAUGGA